CCGACUGAACCGUAAGGUGGCGAUGUGUUCACGAGACAGCCACAGAUGUAAACUGUAGCGCGGAUUAAGCGGAGUUUGCAGAGCACACAACUGAAAGUGCACGGCUGCUGUGACUAAACUCACGUCUGGAGCUCCUGGAAAAGAGGAAAAAAUUAGAACGACCCUGAGACAUAUUUAGUUUGAGGAACAUGAAAGGUUCGUCUUUUUCUUUCUCUACCCACCUGACCUGGACUGUGGCCAUUCGAAGCCACUUUUCACUUUAAGUGUUUCUCCUGUUUAACGCAAGCUGAGUCAAAUUUACUAUUUUAACUUGACUUGACAUGUUUCGAAGGUGUGUUUCCCCUUUGGCUCUAACUGCUCACAGUUAGAAAACAGCCCAUAGCGAUUAAAGCUCGUCUUUUAUGUAUUUGAGGCAUAAAUCUGAACUGCAUCCAGUGGCCCCUCCUCUUUGAGCUGCUACCAAACAGCAGAGAGCUGCGAGUCAGUCUGACACCAGACCCAGAGGCAGACAGAAGAUCUCCAGAGACCGCACUGCCUCCUCUCGGGAUCGAGCUGGAAAACUGGGAGAAACUCACAUGUGUUGGACUUGGCGGUAAUAAGAUCGCACUCGUGAUUUCUGCUUGACUUUAUCUUUGUCUUAACCUGCUGCUAAACUAUGGAAGUUGUGAGUUGUAAACACUCUGGUCCAGUAGAAGCUGUAGAUCGGUGUAUCCCUCUGUUAUUGGUAGUUUGAGGCGUUUAUAUAGGAGUCUUCACAAUGGUGGAACCGUUGGGGUUUGUGGAGGCAUGGAGAGCCCAGUUCCCUGAGUCUGAUCCGCCUAAAAUGGACCUUGGCUCCCUGGGGCAUAUUGAACAGGAGUUGGACAAAUGCAAGUCCUCCAUCCGUCACUUGGAGAAAGAAGUCAACAAGGAGCGUUUUCGGAUGAUCUACCUUCAGACUCUUCUGGCUAAAGAGAGGAAAUCCUAUGAUGGACAGAGAUGGGGGUUUAAAAAGAUGCCAUCAAUGAAUGACAGAGAUCUGCCCAGCGGUGGGUCAGAAGACAGGAGGUCGUACACUGAAGAGGCACCGAGAGAUGAGGAGAAGCAGAGAGGCUCCUGCAAGACUCAGAGGAACACAGGACAUCCAGAGGAGGUGGUGGAUGGUUUGUGUCUGGCGAAACAGAAAGAAAGGAUGUCGCCUGUUCGUCAUGACCCCGAGCCCUCUGACUUCCCAGUUGGCACAGGGUCUGUGGCGGCUCUGAGAUCCAACUUCGAGCGCAUCAGGAGAGCCAACUCUCACACAGCCGGAGACAGCAGAGGGUUGUCGGUGAUGGGGAGCCAGGAGAAGCCUUUCUACGUGAACAUGGAGUACCAUCACGAGCGAGGCCUGGUCAGGGUGAACGACAAGGAGGUCUCGGAUAAGAUCAGCACCCUGGGCAGCCAGGCCAUGCAGAUGGAGCGGAAGAGGUCCCUGCAUUCCCUGCCAGGGAACCUGUCUGCUGCUGCGGGGGACCUUGCCAAGCCUGUCCAGAGAGGCAAGUCCACUGAAGGGAGCUACAGCUUCAAUGGGUCGCCCGACGACCCGGAGGUCAGCCCACACUUCCUGAAAGCCGGGGCGAUCAGGUCCGGCGAGGGGAGGCCGGACAGACAGCCGGUGGAGUGCCAGCCUUACACCAGCGUGUAUGUCGGAGGAAUUAUGGGGGAAGGGGACACUCGGGUGAUCCACAUCAGGGACCGCAGCAUGGACGAGGAUCCUCACCUCACCUGGCCCAGGCGCUCCUACUCUCCCGGGAGCUUCGACGAUGUCGGGGGCGGCUACACACCGGACUGCAGCUCCAAUGAGAACCUGACCUCCAGCGAGGAGGACUUCUCCUCCGGCCAGUCCAGCCAAGUGUCUCCCAGCCCGACCACCUACCCUAUGUUCAGGGAGAAGAGCCGCUCUCCCUCCCAACACUCCCAGCUGUCCAUCGACAGUGGCAGCCCGCCCACCCCUCUGUCCCAGAAAUGUCUGAAGCAGCAGGGCGUCCCCUCCAUCGGUGUCCGUAAGAGGGGCCCCAUGUGGCCCAGUGAUGGGGACUCCACCACAUCCAGCAGGACCUCCCAUGACAACAGUGUUCAAGGAGAUCUGGACAUGGAAAACCCUCCGUCUUACGGCUACGACCUGGAGCUUUCCGAGGAGCACCCGCCUCGCCACGAGCCUCUGUCCUUCAGCGGCUCGCCGUCCUCCUCGCCGCGGCUCCGCUCCAAGAGCCGGAACAGCCGGGACACACAGUCGUCCGGUUCUCUGGAGUCCACGCAGUCGGUGGAGCUGGAACAGGAAAAGGGGCAGGAGAUGAGGAAGUGGGUUCUGUCUGGGAUCCUGGCCAGCGAAGAAACAUACCUCAGCCACCUGGAAGCCCUGCUGAUACCCAUGAAGCCCCUGAAGGCGGCAGCCACCACCUCCCAGCCGAUGCUGACCAUCCAGCAGAUAGAGACCAUCUUCUUCAACGUGCCUGAGCUCCACGAGAUCCACAAGGACUUCUACGACGCUCUGCUGCCCAGAGUCCAAGACUGGAGCCACCAGCAGUGUGUGGGCGACCUCUUCCAGAAGCUGGCCAGCCAGCUCGGGGUGUACCGGGCCUUCGUGGACAACUAUAAGGUUGCCGUGGAGACGGCAGACAAGUGCUGCCAGGCCAACGCGCAGUUUGCAGAGAUAUCUGAGGAUCUCAAGGUUAAAAGCACAAAGGAUUGCAAAGACCAGUCUGCCAAAUAUUCUCUGGAAACUCUCCUCUACAAACCUGUGGACAGGGUGACACGCAGCACUCUUGUUCUCCAUGACCUGCUGAAGCACACGCCCUCCGGUCAUCCAGACUACCCGCUGUUGCAGGAUGCCCUCCGCAUCUCUCAGAACUUUUUGUCCAGUAUUAAUGAAGAGAUCACCCCACGCAGACAGUCUAUGACUGUUAAAAAGGGAGAGAACCGGCAGCUGCUAAGGGAUCGCUUCAUGGUGGAGCUGGUGGAAGGGUCCAGGAAACUCCGUCACGUCUUCCUCUUCACCGACCUGCUGCUCUGCACCAAGCUGAAGAAACAGGCUGCAGGAAAAGGGCAACAGUAUGACUGCAAAUGGUACAUCCCGCUGGCCGACGUGACCUUCCAAACCAUCGAUGACUGUGAGUCCAGUCCCAUCCCUCUGGUCCAAGACGAGGAGAUCGAUGCGAUGAAGAUCAAGAUUUCCCAGAUCAAGCAUGAAAUCCAGAGAGAGAGGAGGACGACGAAAGGAGCUAAAGCCAUAGAGCGGCUGAAGAAGAAGUUGUCUGAGCAAGAGUCGCUGCUGCUGCUCAUGUCCCCCAACAUGGCGUUCAGAGUGGCCAACAGAAACGGCAAAGGAUUCACAUUUCUGAUCUCCUCUGAUUACGAGCGGGCAGAGUGGAGGGAGAUAAUUCGCGAGCAGCAGAAGAAGUGCUUUAAGAGCUUCUCCUUGACCUCUCUGGAGCUGCAGAUGCUCACAAACUCAUGUGUGAAGCUCCAGACUGUUCACUCUAUCCCAAUUACCAUGAGUAAGGAAGAUGACGAAUCCUCUGGUCUGUACGGCUUCCUGAACGUCAUCGUCCACUCUGCCUCUGGACUCAAACAAAGCUUAAAUCUGUACUGCUCCCUGGAGGUGGACUCCUAUGGCUACUUCGUCAACAAAGCCAAGACCCGUGUGCACAGAGACUCCACAGAGCCCAACUGGAACGAGGAGUUUGAGAUCGAGUUGGAGGGCUCUCAGACCCUGAGGCUGCUGUGCUACGAGAAGUGCUGCGCCAAAACCAAGCAGAGCAAAGAGGAGGGAGAGAUGACGGAUAAGAUUGUGGCCAAAGGACAAAUAAAGUUGGAUCCUCAAACUCUGCAGAAUAAAGACUGGCAGAGGACGGUGAUUGCCGUGAAUGGGAUCGAGGUGAAGCUGUCGAUGAGGUUCACCAGCAGGGAGUUCAGCUUGAAGCGAAUGCCGUCACGGAAACAGUCUGGAGUCUUCGGAGUGAAAAUCCACGUAGUCACAAAGCGCGAACGCUCCAAAGUCCCGCUCAUCGUUCGCCAGUGUGUGGAGGAGAUCGAGAGACGUGGGAUGGACGAAGUGGGGAUAUACAGAGUGUCCGGUGUUGCUACCGACAUCCAGGCCUUGAAAGCCGCUUUUGACUCAAACAACAAGGACGUGUGCGUGAUGAUGAGGGAGAUGGACGUGAACGCCAUCGCUGGAACGCUGAAGCUGUAUUUCCGCGAGCUGCCGGAGCCUCUCUUCACCGACGAGUUGUAUCCCAACUUUGCCGGAGGGAUCGCUCUCUCAGACAGCGUGGCCAAGGAGAGCUGCAUGCUCAACCUGCUGCUGUCUCUGCCAGAGCCAAAUCUGGUGACGUUCGUCUUUCUGCUCGAUCACCUGAAGAGGGUGGCUGAAAAUGAGAGCAUCAACAAGAUGUCUUUGCACAAUCUGGCUACUGUUUUCGGUCCCACUUUGCUUCGACCUUCGGAAAAAGACAGCAAACUCCCGUCCACCUCCCAGCCCAUCUCCAUGAACGACAGCUGGUCUCUUGAGGUCAUGGCUCAGGUUCAGGUCCUUCUCUAUUUCCUUCAGCUGGAGAGCAUUCCAGCCCCCGACAGCAAGCGGCAAAGCCUCCUCUUCUCUACGGAAGUAUGACAGGAACACGACAAACCUGGACCGUAACGACUCUGCUCUGAGGAAGAAUGUCCGGCUCCCGUUGCCCGUACUUCUGUUAGCCACCAGGAGGCGCCAUCAACCUCUGUUAAAACUGGAAACAACCACCGCAAUCAAAGCCAUUUCUUUGGGAGCUAAGCUUGUGGUCUGUUUACGUCAACCUGCUGUGUCAGAAAAAAAAAGACUUCCCUUUAAGAUCUAUAGGUGGAAUAUAUCAUUCCUUUAUUUGUAAAAUUUAAUUUAAAUCUGAAGAAGCAAUAUUUCCUGUGCUCUGUUCUGUCUGUGUGCACAUUAUCUCCAUAUUCACACUGGAGUUUUUUCUUUUCUUUUUGCUAUUUCUGGAUUUUUAUAAGAUUUAUUUCUGGCUGUGGAUGGCUUGAUGAAGAUAUCUAUAUAUAUAUCUAUAUCUAUCUAUCUAUAUAUAUAUAUAUAUAUAUAGAUAGAUAGAUAUAGAUAUAUAUAUACCCCCACCCACCCCAGUUUAAAUUCACCUGUGCCAACCUUCCCAUCUGAUGACCAAUAGAGCUUUUCUGUCCUCCUUAUGUUUACACCGUCUAAAUUUUGUACAGAGACUAAAGCUGAAGGCAACAUGCAGGCAUGUUGAGUCAACCGGUCGACGUUUUGUGUUUUCUGUGAAUUUCUGUUUCUCUUGUUUGUUUUCCCAGAUGAGCUACAGGGUGGAUAUGAGUGUUUUUGUUUUUUCGUUGUUGUUUUUUUGAAAGGAAAAUCACUCCAGAAAAUCUACCCUAACACUUUACUCUGCCUAACAUAGAAUGUAUACCAUGCUGUGUGUAAUGUCAACUACAAAGCCAUCUUUCUGUCUGCAUUCCAGAACUGUUCACCUUUCUUUUUUUUUCUUUAGAUUGUGUCUGCAAGCUGAACUUCAUAUUAUGUUGCAUUCCUUCUUUGUAGUCUGCCACAGUUGUAGAAAUAACGGCAUUUUCUGAAAACACUAUUUAUCUGUAGGACAAUCGAAGCGCAGUACUUCACUCACACCCAGCCUCCUUCACAGUUCUCACAGAAGUCUGUGGAAAAAAAAAUGCAAAUCUCUACAACUAGUCAAACACAAACUGUAAUCUUAAAAGCUUUUGAUUCAUGUUAAACAAGCAAUAAUUCUUAGUGAUGGUUAGGAUUUCCUUGUACCAUAUGUUUGAUUUGUGUAAAUAAAAACUUCAAAACCUUU